UUGCACCAAACGAAACUUUCUUUAUCUAUGUUCAUUAUGUGCAAACGAGGGGAAAUGAAAUUAGAGUAAUAUAUACGCUAGUCUUUCGCAAACAGAAGAAGUUUUCCUAUAUCUAUAUUUUGAAGUUCCACCACCUCUUUGGUAUGUUUGAUCGACCCAUGCGUGUUAAAAAGAAUAAUAAUAAUGAGUUCAAACGAGGUACGAGGUUCACAAAGGUUACAAACUUUGUUUCAUCACCUCCAAUCUUCCAAUUCCAUGUCGACCAAUAAUUCAGUCAACAAAAGAGCAGCGGUUCUUAUUUGUUUAUUCGAAGGGCAAGAUGGUAAUCUCCGAGUAAUUCUCACGCAGCGUUCUUCUUCUCUCUCAACACACGCGGGUGAGGUUGCUUUGCCAGGUGGCAAAAGGGACGAAAGUGAUGCUGAUGAUGUUCAAACUGCGUUAAGAGAAGCUAAGGAGGAAAUUGGCUUAGACUCUUCUCUUGUUUCUGUUAUUACUCUUCUUGAACCCUUCCGUACUAAGUAUGGCAUCACAAUAAUACCAGUGGUUGGACUACUGUCCAACAAGGAUGCAUUUUCACCAGUUUUGGAUUCCGCUGAAGUUGAAGCAGUAUUUGAUGUUCCCUUAGAGAUGUUCCUCAAGAAUGAUAAUAGAAGAGCUGAGGAAAAAGAAUGGAUGGGAGAGAAGUAUCUUGUACAUUAUUUUGAUUAUGAGGUAGAGAACAAAAAGUAUGUGAUUUGGGCUAUAACUGCCUCAAUCUUAAUUAGGGCUGCUACCGUUUUACUUCACCAGCCGCCAGCUUUUCUAGAGCAGAGACCUAUAAUCUGGGGAGGAAUUACUGAAAAUGAUAAGAUAAGACUACAUAAUAGUUCCCAAAUGUGAUUUUAUAUAUUUAUAUGGAUUUAAUUUGUAUACACUGACAGUGUAUUACAAUGUUAGUCAAUUUCAGUCGUCAGAUCAUUAGAAAUCUGACUUUUAUCAUAACUACAUCAAAUGUCAUAAUUAUGAAUGGUUGUAAUGUGCUAACAGUGUACAACUUUUUACAUUGUCGGUGCAUAGUAAUUAAACUUUAUUUAUAUAUAUAAGUUUGCAUUAUAGUUUAUCACA